GUAUGAUUUAUAAUGUGCACGAUAAGUUUUUUGUAUAUAAUAGAUCGUUACUUUAUACGUAUUGUUUUCGGUUGACAAUGUACGCGGUAGUUAAAUGUGCCAUCGUUCUUUGCGUGGCUCUGCCAGCGCUUGGAUUUCCCAUGUCGGUGAAUGAUGUCGUUUUUCACUUGUACACUAGGGCAAACCCGACAACAAGCGAGCCGCUUCUGGCGUCGAUAGCUUCAAUAUCCCAGUCUCGUCAUUUCUCCAACAGCCGUAAAACAAUCUUCGCAAUCCACAAUUAUGGCGAUAACGUUUCUGGAAACUUCAUAGCUUUCAUAGGACCAGCCCUUCUUGCCGCUGAGGAUGUUAACGUCGUCGCAGUAGACUGGCGCACUGGUUCGUACGGAUACGUCGCUGGCCUCGCAAAUGUUCCCCAGCUUGGUACCAUAGUCGCUAGCUUCGGCAAUUUACUUUUCACCUACUUUGGAUAUAACUCCAACAAUGUUCGCAUCGUUGGUGUAGGCCUUGGAGCUCAUGCCGCUGGUGUUGCUGCUAGAAAGAUGAAUGCGGACAUUCCUCAUAUUUUCGCCCUGGACCCAUCACUAAUUGGUUGGACUCACAAUCCGGAUAAGUUGAGUACCCGUGAUGCCACAUUCGUGGAGGUGCUACACACCACCGCCGGAAACUACGGCUAUGAUCUGCCUCUGGGUCAUUUAGAUUUCUAUGCAAAUGGCGGCGUCAACCAGCCUAUGUGUGGUGACCAAUCCUCAUGUUCUCACAUCUAUUCCUACGUAUACUACGCGGAGUCGAUCACCGCUGAAUCAGGGACUGGUGCAAAAUUCGUCGGUACCAAGUGUACUUCUUAUGAACAAGCUAAAUCACUUCAAUGUACUGGCAGUAAAGAUGCCACUUUCGGAGGAAUAGCCGGCAAAACUUCACCUUCUGGGAUUUACACAUUCGAGACCAAUUUGCGGAGUCCUUUUGCGCAAGGAUAAAGAAGGAUUGUGUAAUGUAAUAAAGAGUUUUACAAUUAAAAAUUGA